CCCUCUGUUUAUUUUCCUGCCUCCAUCUGGGCCCUGCUGAUAUUGUAAUCACCCUGAUGCACGUUGGCUUCUCUCCUCUCCCUCCUGCGCUCACACACUCACUCACACACAAUGUGCCAUCCUGACAAGCCUUUUACUUCUGAUAAGCUCCGAUGUGUGUUUAAUGAAUACAAAGCCGCGGUCUGGGUGCCGCCUCGGCUGCGGCCGCUCUCCUGCGCUCCUUUGCCAGAAGAUCGGACUGAGAAGCACUCCACGAUGCCAGACUCACCUGUGGAUGUGAAGACCCCGUCUAGGCUGACUCCUCCCACGAUGCCACCUCCCCCAACAACUCAAGGAGCUCCCAGAACCAGUUCAUUUACACCAACAACGUUAACUAAUGGCACGAGCCAUUCACCCACAGCCUUGAAUGGCGCCCCCUCACCGCCCAAUGGCUUUAGCAAUGGGCCUUCCUCUUCUUCCUCUUCUUCUCUGGCUAAUCAACAGCUGCCCCCAGCCUGUGGCGCCAGGCAGCUCAGUAAGCUGAAACGGUUCCUCACUACCUUGCAGCAGUUUGGCAAUGACAUUUCACCGGAAAUAGGAGAGAGAGUCCGCACCCUCGUACUAGGACUGGUGAACUCUACUUUGACAAUUGAAGAAUUUCAUUCCAAACUGCAAGAAGCUACGAACUUCCCACUGCGACCUUUUGUCAUCCCAUUUUUGAAGGCCAACUUGCCACUUCUGCAGCGUGAGCUCCUCCACUGCGCAAGGCUGGCCAAACAGAACCCUGCCCAGUACCUCGCCCAGCAUGAACAGCUGCUUCUGGAUGCCAGCACCACCUCACCUGUUGACUCCUCAGAGCUGCUUCUCGAUGUGAACGAAAACGGGAAGAGGCGAACUCCAGACAGAACCAAAGAAAAUGGCUUUGACAGAGAGCCUUUGCACUCAGAACAUCCAAGCAAGCGACCAUGCACUAUUAGCCCAGGCCAGCGGUACAGUCCAAAUAAUGGCUUAUCCUACCAGCCCAAUGGCCUGCCUCACCCCACCCCUCCUCCACCUCAGCAUUACCGUUUGGAUGAUAUGGCCAUUGCCCACCACUACAGGGACUCCUAUCGACACCCCAGCCACAGGGACCUCAGGGACAGAAACAGACCUAUGGGGUUGCAUGGCACACGUCAAGAAGAAAUGAUUGAUCACAGACUGACAGACAGAGAAUGGGCAGAGGAAUGGAAACAUCUUGACCAUCUGUUAAACUGCAUAAUGGACAUGGUAGAAAAAACAAGGCGAUCUCUCACUGUACUAAGGCGAUGUCAGGAAGCGGACCGGGAGGAAUUGAAUUACUGGAUCCGGCGGUACAGCGAUGCUGAGGACUUAAAAAAGGGCGGCAGCGGUAGCAGCAGCCACUCCAGGCAGCAGAGUCCUGUCAAUCCAGACCCAGUGGCGUUAGAUGCACAUCGGGAAUUCCUUCACAGGCCUGCUUCUGGAUAUGUGCCAGAGGAGAUCUGGAAGAAAGCUGAGGAGGCGGUCAACGAGGUGAAGCGGCAGGCGAUGACCGAGCUGCAGAAGGCCGUGUCCGAGGCCGAGCGGAAAGCGCACGAUAUGAUCACCUCGGAGCGCGCCAAGAUGGAGCGCACGGUGGCAGAGGCCAAGCGGCAGGCGGCGGAGGAUGCUCUCGCUGUCAUCAACCAGCAGGAAGAUUCGAGCGAGAGUUGCUGGAAUUGUGGCCGUAAAGCGAGUGAAACCUGCAGCGGCUGUAACACAGCCCGAUACUGUGGCUCGUUUUGCCAGCACAAAGACUGGGAGAAGCACCACCACAUCUGUGGACAGACCCUGCAAGCCCAGCAGCAGGGGGAUACGCCUGCUGUCAGCUCCUCCGUCACACCUAACAGCGGGGCCGGGAGCCCGAUGGACACACCACCAGCAGCCACCCCGAGGUCGACCACCCCGGGGACCCCUUCCACCAUAGAGACAACCCCUCGCUAGAUGUGCACUCAGAACUGUCAGAGGAAAGACAACACAACCAACGUGAAACCAAUUCCUCAUCCUCAGAUGCUCAAAGUUGUUUUUUGUUUGUUUGUUUGUUUAUAGAUGGACUAUCCUGGUUCAGUACUUCAGCAAGAGAGAACCUAACUGUAUCUUGAGGCGUUAGUAAAACAGAGGGCCAGUAACGGGUCGUAAUGACUUACUGUGGAUAACAAAGAUUUCUUUUCCUUAGAGAACUGAAAAGAGAGCAGAAAAUAUAACAUGAAAUGAUAGAUUUGACCUCCUCCUUGUUAUUUUCCAGUAGCUGGGAUUUUAAACUAGAUGACCUCAUUAACCGAUGCUUUACCAAACAGCAAACCAAGAGAUUGCUAAUUGCUGUUGAAAGCAAAAAUGCUAACAUUAAAAGUCACAAUGUUCUUUAUAUACAAUAAUGGAAAAAAAGAGGAAAACCCUCAAGGGCAUGAGCAUUGGCUACAGCAGUAGACAUUUUAACAAGAAGAUGAAUGGCGUCCGUGGGUUGCUAACUGAACUUUGAAGACCCGCCACAAAACGCGCAGAUGUGUAGCAUAUUGGAAGGAGACACAGAUGUUCGGUUUUUUUCCUGUUUCUGAAAAGAAAUAAUAUCCAGGUCAACAGAAGGAAAAAUGAAAGAUGAUUUGCAGUGGGAUAUGUGAAUACAGCAGCAAGAAAAAAAUGCCAUAACAUAAAAGGCUCCUUUAUAUAUAUAAACACACACACAGAAGUAAGAGACUCAGCCUGCAGUUGUUAGCAUCCUGGCAGCUUUGACACCAGCCAGCUGCCCUAAACAGCCCUCAACGUUUCUUCACUUUUUCAAGGUUCCACAGAGCAAGACAUUGGGUCUAUUCCAGCUCAUUCAUUUUAUAUUGAAAAAUAAUUUUUAAAAAUGAUGGCUCCAGCUCCAGCCCCUUUCUAAAUUUUUUCAACCCCACCCUGUUUGGAUUUUUAAUUAAAAACUAGUAGUUCUCUUGGUGUUAAAACACUUCUGUCCUGUGAGGUUUCCCAAUGGUGUUUUUCUUGUAAACGUGCUGGACGACUGUGAAGACGCGUUGUAGUUUAACCACGUGCCCACAUUUAGUCUCUUUAUUCCUAGUUGGUGAGAAACCUGUAUCUUUCUAUGCUGCUUUUAUAUCUGUAUGUAUUAGUGGUAUUUCUCUAGUAGUUCAAAAAAAAAAAAGAAAAAAGGAAAAAAAAGACUUUUUUUGGUUGUCCUCAAGAAAAGAAAGAAAAAGGCUAUCUUUCGGAGCUGCUAUUUCAUUCUCUUAUAGAAUUUUUUUUUUCCUGAAAACCAGCAUGCUUCACGGAAUGCUAACAUAUUGGUGUUUUUGUAAGAGGGAUGUACAUAAAUGUAUUUUGCACUGUCACAAUGACUCCCUAGGCAUGCUUUUUUUUUUUUUUUUGAGCAAACUCUUUUUAAAUAUGCUAGAGCCAUUUCACCAAGUUUAGCUGUAGCAUAGAGUAGUAGUGGAAUUUUUCUUUUUUCUUUUUUUCAUUGAAAAAUCAUUAUUAGGGACUUUAAAAAAUAACAAGAUAUCCUACUUUAAAAAAAAAAAGACAGUGCAUGCGUAUUGCUGUAAGGUUGUUUAAGUAUUUCUAAUUUUACAAAAAAAAAAAAAAAGAUAAA